GGAAAGAAGGUUCUUGACCAUCCACUUGCCCGACCGCCCCUAAAAAGUUGUUUUUGUGAAGAAUUUUGGGUAGAAACUCAAAAACACCUCACACAGACAACGAACAAUACACAUCAUCGAUCACGUUUUUGAUGUUUCCUGUGUUCUCCCACCACAAUCUCAUACUUCGUACUAUAUCAUCGACAAAAUAUUAGCCAUCAGAAAUUACGGCAAUAGAAGCACGAUGCACGAUACUUUUUUCUUUGCGGUCAAGGCAACCGUGGUCUUGAUUGUUUUUUACAACCACUUCACUGUCAAUGCGUUUGUUCCUACGACAACGAGUUCCACGUCCCCAUCGCGGUCGCAAGGACCAGAUGUUUGUACAAGCCCACUUUUUGCGGGCAUGGGGAUGGGAAUGGGGGCUACGAGUUCGAAGAAGAAAAAGGGAAAGAAGAAGAAUAAAUCCAAAGGCAGAGGCUUGUCGUCCUCUUCGAAGAAAUCUACSCCUUUCGAUGUAAACGCGUCAAUCAUUCGUCUUGAAAAAAAAUACGAUGAGCUCCAACUAAGCGCUGCGAAAGAUCUCAAGAAAGAAGAAGAAGAAGCCGAGUCCUACAGCUCUUGGUCCUCUGGCGAGAUCGAGAUGAUUACCACUGAAUACGUGAUUGCCGCCAGAGAUGCCUCAAAGAAAGGUUCCAUCCCAGACUGGGUUCCUAUCUGCCAACUCUGUCUAAAACGGCAAGAAACUGAUUUCCAUGAGGGAGCGUCGGACGAAAUUGUGCAAACGGCGAUUUCUGUCUAUUGCCGAGAGCUCUCGUUUUUGGCCGCUGAAGGCUCUCGUGUGUUUUCCACUAUUGCAAGGAACGAGAUUCAAUACAGCGUUGAAUCGAUUGAUAGCUUCCACAAAUUUGUUUACGACGAGGUCAUCGAGGGAAAGGCGAACAAGAGCCCCGAUCAAGCGAUGACGAAAGCAGAAGCACGGAAAACUUUGGGACUGUCGGAAAAUGCGGAUGAGAUCACUAAAUCCGACAUCAGAAAAGCCUACCGAAACCUUUCGUUCGAACUUCAUCCUGAUCGCUUCGAGGGUACACCGGAAGAAUGCGAAGAAGCCACCAAUCAAUUCGGACGCGUUAACCUAGCCUACGACACACUGUCGUCAGGUGUUAGAGAAGAGGGCAAGUCGUGGUACGAGUCAUUGGGAGGAAAAGAAAGAACCGGAUUUGUGGGUCCGGUGAACUUGUUGCCUCUUGGUGCGGCGCAGGAGACAAUGUCUCGACACAAGGCUGAGGCGGCCUUGUGCGGUCUCGAUCCCACUAUGGUUCAAUCCUUCGUGGCUCGUCACCUGAGAUCAUCCUAAAAAAAUCAAAACGCGAUUCAAACCUCUCURUGAUGCACGCUGUAAACUAAUAGAACCAUCGAUCAUUGUACGAUUGACAUCUAAUUGUAUGAUAAAGAAAUGACGUUAACUCAU